CCCAGCUGUGAGGUGCGCUGGUGAAGAUGAUUCUCCACUAUGCUGCGAGGGAGCGUUAUUGUCAGGCGGCCAGCGCUCCCUACGUCAUAGGGGGAGCCGCCAUUCGCCGGAGCUUUGGCGGUGGCUCCGAGGUCGAAACGGAAGGACGAAAUCGGUUCUCACUUUAUAAUCACCGAUUUGUGCUGCCCAUGUCGCCAGGGAGAGCACUAAAUGUGGUUCUCCUAAGGACCGAGGCAACGAGGGGAAGUUGUGUCGAGUAAAAUAUGGAUCAGUCAGGGACGGUGAAGGUUGACAGUCUUCAACAACGACCUCCAUAACCGCUGCAGAAUUGGAUCGUUUUAAGCUAUUGAAAGCAUUGGAUGUUCCGGAGACUCCAAAGAAGAAGAAUUUAUGCAGCUACUGCAGUCUAAGUGGCUGUGCUGAAGUUCUACCUUCUUCAACCUAGGGCCACCUUAGUGGCAUCUUAAAAUUUGUACCUUGCUUGCAGCUUAACACAUUUUAGGAUCAUUACUUCUGUUUCCAGUUACACAGGUAAGCCCUUCAUUAUAUGGGCUUCGCAAUAAAGUUUCUCUGCAGAUUUUCUGACAAGUUCUUUGACUUUUUGUUUCUGUCAUUAAUUCAACUUCCAUUUCAGGAACCUGUGAAUAUGUUUUCAAAUAAGAUAAUUAAAAAUUUGAGUUCCAAAAGAGGUUUUGGAUUUGUUUUUCUUAAUAGGGAAGUCAUUGCUGUUUUUCCUUAAGAGAGCUCCAUGUGACAAGUACCUGACUCGUGUCUUGCCAAAUGCUGUUCUUUGUAUAUAGAAACUCCAGCUCUUUUGUUGGCUGACAACGUGAUGGAUGUGCUCUGCCACGUGCAUUCGUCUCUGAGGGCUUCUCUGGGGAACCUACUCUUCACCAUGGAUUCAGCAGCGUCCUCUGCUCAUACCUCCUCCACUGCAAGUUUUCCUUCAAGGAAAGGCCGUAGGCGUUCUGGGCCUUACAGAGGUGUUCGAAUGAGGGCAUGGGGAAAAUGGGUUUCUGAAAUAAGGAUUCCAAAGACUGGAAAACGAAUAUGGUUGGGUUCUUAUGAUUCGCCUGAGAAGGCAGCUCGAGCCUAUGAUGCAGCACAAUUCUGUAUCCGGGGCAUGCAUGCAUCUUUCAAUUUUCCUGCUGAAGAAAGGCCAGAGCUUCCUCAGGGCUACUUGGAUCCUCUGUCAAAAAAGGAGAUUCAGACUAUAGCCAUGAACUAUGCCUCAUCAGAUCUCCCUGUGCAUGCCCCAGCAUCAUCUCCAGUGACCAAUCAGGUAUCAAUUGAUACACCAGCCAUACCUAAUGCGCUGAAUUCAGGAGCAACAACAACUGCUUCUGAAACAGUUCAUGAGUAUACUCCUGUCAGUGCAGCUGUUGCAGAACCCCCUUUGUUUGAAAAUUUGGUGCUGGAUGAUUUCCUUAUGCUGGACAUAGAAUGGAUAAGUGAGAUAAUGUAGUUAAUUUACAGCUUUGGUUGUGUGCUUGACAGAUGCUGCUGCUUUUCUCAUGUAACUAUGUGCGUUAAUAUGUCUACUGCAAACUGUCCUAGCAAAGAAACCUGUUCUCUGGGAAAGCUUGUUUGGGUUCGUUGUGUUUCCAAAAUGCAGGUUUACUUUUGGUGCCUUCUCUCUGGUGCUGGAAGAAGUUCAGUAAUCAACUUCUUCUGCACUACAAUUCACUAGUGAUGAAUUUUCGUUUUGGUUUCAGAAUUUGGUCUAUUUUCUUCAAUUUUCAUGUUUCAUUAACACUUUCUU